CGCGAUUUCUCCCUAAUGGCGAUCACACACUUUUGGCUGUCGUUUCUUCUUUUUCCUGCAUUUCUGGUCCAAAACGGUAGUUUUACUCUAGUUGUUAACAUUAAAUCAAAGGAUGGUGAGAUAGUGCAGCAGACUUUUUCCGCAGAUCCCGAAAAAGACUUCGUUACCAUCGAUUACAAAAGUAACGAGAAUAGAUUCGUUUCAGUGUACAUCGACUUCCGUCAGAAACGAAAGAUAUUUCAAGUUAUUGUCCUUGGAGAAAUGGAUAAAGCAGAGAGUUCUUAUGAAGCCAUGUGCUUUGUAGCUGAACUCAAAGAAGAAGAAUUCAUAUCAUCAGAUGCUAUGUCAAAACUUAGACAGAAAAACCCAAGUACAAUCAGGGUUCCUGAAGAGGAUGUUGCCAGUGAAUCUCACAUCAUGGAUCAUGUGGUUUUUCUGAAUGCAAAUGUAACAGAAGGAACCAUCGAUCGGCUCUGCAAAGAUGCUGGAAGAGUGCUCUUUAGUGGAACUAACACAAAACUUCUGUUAUUAGGAAAUUCAACCCGAGAAGAUCUUGAUAAACUUGAGUUGGCAUCACAAGAUCAAACUGGCUUUUCAAAGGUGCUAAAGCCAUGUAAAAAUACACCAGAACUGAGUGCAGAGUGCAUCUGUAGAGUUGAAGUAUGUCUAAGUUGGUAUCCCUGUCACUUGAAACUCUGCCAGGGGGAAGAUGACAAUGGACAACUAACAGAAUACCGUUGUGGAAUCAAAACUUGUGGAAAAUGCUAUGAAUUUGACUUUUAUGUUGGGGAAAGGCGACAAUGCUUUUGGGAUACAAAUUAAUUAUAAUUUUAUCUUUUACAAUAGAUAAAUCAGUGUAAAAUAAUAUUGUUAGUUGUGUAUAUUGAAGUGUUAACACUUGAAAGUGUGUUUUGUAAAUGUAUUUAUAAAGCCAAGCUUGGAAUUUUCAAAGAA